AGUUACUUCGCCACAAACAAUAAUGGCGUCGCACGAAGAUGCAGGUUUUUCGAAGUCUGCUACAUCUGAGGAUCAGGGGGAAAGAAAACCACCAGUGUCAUUUGGUUUUACUAAAACAGUUAGCAAAUUUAAACCGUCUAGUAACGACUCUGCGGCUAAUAAGGAUGACAAAGAUUACUUGACCGGAAUUCAUGGGAAUGAAUUGCAGAGUUCAAAACCGUCAGAGAAGCCCAAAGAGCUGAUCAUCCCUCUCAUCCAGAAGAACCGCUGGUUCAAAGCGGACCGAACGAGCCAGGUCGAGAACAGCGUAGGUAAAACACAAGAAACGACCCAGACGACCCACGAUAGUGACUCUAUGGUAUCCCAGGCUGUCAAAGAACUCAUCGAAGAUUCACGGAGGCAACUGGAGCAGUGGCAGAAUGGUCCGCAACCAGAAAGUAACCUGAACCUCAGCAUCCCUUUGUUGAUGCAAAACAAAGUGCCCGAAGGCUUCGAGGAUGGAGAGCACAUAAAGGUGGAUCUACGACCUGAAUCUUCAACAGAGGCAGAUUAUGAAAAUGUUCCUGUUGAGGCUUAUGGACUCGCCAUGCUGAAGGGGAUGGGAUGGAAGAAAGGUGAAGGCAUUGGACGCACCUUUAAACAAGAUGUAAAGCCAAUAGAACAUCAGCUCCGUCCAAAAGGUUUAGGUUUGGGAGCUGAUCGUUCAGCAAUAAAGGACCUAGAGCCCAGCAAACAUAAGCGUCCCCCCAAGCCAGGAGACGAGCGAGAGAAGGAGGAGGAACUGGUGAUGGGUCCUGGCGGCUGUGUGCUGGUGGAGUCGGGGGCACAUAAAGAGCUGUAUGGCAAGAUUGAAGGUGUUGACCCAGACAAUGCUCGAGUCAUGGUGAAGCUGGCUAUUGGUGGAAAGACGGUGACAAUCAGUCAGUACGCGAUUAAACUGGUUGGGCACAAGGAAUAUGAAAAGAACAGCAAAGACCUCAGUCGCCUCAGCAAGGCUCAUAAAGACAAGGAAAGGGAGAAAGAAAAGGAGAAGGAGAGAGAGAAGGAUCAUCAGAGGAGGAAGGGGACAGAGAGUCAGAGCAACGGUGAUGUGGCAAAAUUCAAAGCUUCAGAAAGAGAUGAGCGGAAAAGGAAGCACAGAGAAUCAAGUCAAGACAGAGAGAAGCCUCCAGUAAAAGAGGCGAGGCGACCACCAGCUCCCCCCUCUUGGCUCCAGAGAGACUUGAAAGUUCGCUUUAUAGACAAAGCGUUUAAAGGUGGCAGAUACUACAAUUCAAAGAUGCGAGUGGAGGAUGUCCUGACACCGACAACCUGUGUCUGCCGAACUGAAGAGGGCAGAGUGUUGGACGAUGUGAAGCAGGUAAUGCUGGAAACCAUUGUCCCAAAAAGUGAAUAUGAUUCUGUAAUGGUUGUUCUGGGUGAAUACAGGGGUCAGAUCGGUCGGAUUCUCCAGCGGGACAAGAUCAAGUGCAGAGCAAUGGUUCAGCUCGACAGAUAUGAGGAGAAAGUGUUCGCACUGGAUUAUGACUCCAUUUGUCACUAUGUUGGAGCAACAGAGCACUAAUUUGUGUCCUAAUGCCAGUAUUCCUUGUGCUUCUUUGUUAUCCCAUCAGACCCUAAAGGUUGUUCUUUUUGUAACAAAGUUUUAAUGUAUUGCAAUUUUGUAAUAAAAUAUUGAGAAAAAGUACAAA